AUGUUGAGCAGCAAAAUGGCAGCGUUAUUUUGGCUCCCAAAAAGGAACCCGCCUCAAGGACAGGCAAAGAGCGGGAUCAGCUGUUAUUCACGAUGGUGGUUCGAUGAUGUUCUCGUCGGAAGACUUAGCGUAUGCUUUGAAAGAGACGGUACUCUAACCGUUCCCGUAAACGAGAUGCCUAAGGAGUUGAGGGCACUCAUCAAUCGAGCAGACGCCAGUAAAUUAACCAUCGAAAUAACUGCUUGCCGUGAAGCAGCUGCUUCAUUCGACAUUGCAGAUUUAUCGGCACAAAAGAAUCGCAAUUGGGCUGCUCUCGAUCGAUCCUGGAAGCAGUUUUAUGAACUGCUCACCAGCCAAUAUGCAACAGAUAGUAAUCUCUUCACUCAAUUCGGCUUCGGGUGUCUCUACUGUCAAAAAGCUUCUGAAAACGUUGGCUAUGGAAUGCAGAGAUUCUUUGGCGCUCGUAAAGGGAUCAAAUUCAUUGAAGGAAGACGUGGCCAACCAGGCGGUGUUGUCCCUGCAUUGAUACUUGACCAUCGUGUCGGGUUGUUCUUCAAAAGUCAGAACCUUAUGCACAGUGUUCGCGAAAUCGAUGGUCUACAAAAUGUUGAGCGCUUCGAUUUUAGUCAGAACAAUAGAGGAAUGAAUCCCAAAUGGCGUGAAGUUAAUGACUUCGUAAAAGGUGUGCGUAUGCUAUACAGUGGUACUGCAUCGAAUCCGAUCAGCUUCGUAGCCAUAGGAAUCAGCAGGAAGCCUAUUGUGGAUCUCGAAGAUGAGCUUCCAAACAAUGCCAGAACUAAAGUUAGCGUACUGUCAAAGUUCUUUGGCACGAAUGUAAGAAUCAACCCUCAUUGGCCAGCAGUGGAAUGGCGAAUACGAGGUAAAAUACAGUACUUCCCGAUGGAGUUGCUUCGAGUGGAACCGAAUCAACGUGUACCGCUAGAGAAACAGCUAACUGCAAAAUCGGUGGGUCCGGAACAAUUUUUAUUGUUUGUUAUUAUGAUUUAA